AUGGCUGAAGUUGGCCAGCAGGGGUGCUAGGUGUCCCUCUGCCUCUCUGUCCAGCAGGUAAACACAGAAGCACAGAAGGAAGAACCACGUGUAGUUUGCGCAUGCGCACUGCUUGUUUGUUAUUGUCGCUGUUGGCUGCUGUCUGUCACUGUGGGAGAUGGUGAGGCUCUCAGAUGGAGUCAGUGUGUGAGCAGCUCCAUGGAGGUGGUGAUGAUGAGGAGGAGCAGACAGGAGCAGAUGAAGCCAUGCUGUGGUCCUUCCAGGAGGCUCUGGAGAGGCAGACCCUGCAGAUCGGAGCGUCAGCCUGCGGGGCCACGGCCGUGGUGGACGUGCUGAGGGCCCUCGGUGUGGACGUGGCCCCCGAGGAGGCGGACCGCUGCGUCCAAACACGCCUGAGGAGGACUGAGUCACCGCUGCCCGACUACCUGCUGUCCCGGAGUGAAGCCGGUGCGACCCACGCUCAGCUCAUCCGAGGAGCACAGGAGGCCAGCGUGGGGAAGGUCAUGGGUCGCUUCUUCCACCUGCACCCUCGGCGGCUGGUCAGACUGGUCCCCUGGCUCGCACGCUGGAUCCGAAGAGGUGCCGUUCCCGUGGCGACCAUGAACAUGCAGCUGGCUGUGCCCGAGGGAGAGGAGGUGCCUGACGCCUGGCACCAUCAGCUCAUAUUUGGCGUUGCACCUAAUGCUGUUUUCAUGACCAAUCCUUUAGAUGUAGGAAGCGAGGCAGAGGUGCACCAGAGACUGUGCAGUGAAUCUGUGUUGCUGAUUCGUCGAGAAGACGUCCUGCAGAGACUGACGCCAGAUUGCCGUCUGUCCAGCUUAUCAGACCCGCAGUGGAAAGCCCUGGAUAUCGAGGGUCAAGUGAGGCAGAUGGCCCUCGAAGAGGAGCAGGAACAACCCAAAUUAACACACAUCACGAUCCCCGCGGCGUACAGUUCAGGCGUCACGCUCUUCGCCCUACGAGAGUCAGAGUUAGGACAAGAACUCCUCAAUGCUCCUGAGCUACCGUUGUUGUGACAGGACUGACACACAUGGACUUAUUUAUUGUGAUGUGAAAAAUAAAACUGAUAAAA